UUUAGAAUCCCGACGACCUAAGUGACAUUUUCUCGAGAAAAUAGCGGUCGAAAAAUUCAAAAAAACCAAAAAAUGGAGCUGCUCAAGCUGUCAAAAUUCAAAUUGCAGCUUCAAUCGAUGAUCGGAGAAGUGAGAGAUCUGCGUGUAAGACGACAGAGGUUUACAUUAUCUAUUGAUUGUAUAUUUUUCCGCUCUCUCUUUUCUUCUUCUUUCACUUUACUACCGGCGAUUUUGCAGGAAAGGGAGCGAUCAGUCACAGAUCACUUGAAUCUCAUCAAUCAGAAACAGAAGCACACGGAGGAGGAAUCCAGCAGGAAAGUGCACGAGCUAGAAUCCGAGAUAGCUUCUUCUAGAGAAUCACAAGAGGCGCUCGAGAGGAAGGUGAGUUAUCUCCAGAACGACUAUAGUUUGCUGGAAAACAAGCAGAACGAAUUGAAGAAUACUAUCCAAAACCUGCUUCAAUCGCGAGAAAGUUUCUUAAAUGCUUACCAGGAGUCGUUUAGUGAAAUGAGAUGUUCAGUUGAGGCCAGGGAUAGGAAUAUUGCCAUCCUUCACCAGAAGAUAACAUCUCACUUGGCAUUGUUCGAUUCAAUUGAGAAGGAGGCGUCUGCAAUCAAGAACGUUAUUCAGGAAGUUCAGGGCCUUGUGGAUCAAAAGGAAGAUGUAGUGGCUGGCUUGAAAGGAAAAAUGGACCAUGUCUCUACGUAUGAGAAAGUAUUCAUUGAGAAAAUCAGAACUUUAGAAGAGAAAAUUGAAUAUCUUGAAGCAGAAUUGCAGAGCAAGGAUAAUAGAAUAUCAGAGUUUUGCGCUCAGCUGGAAGAAGCGAAGAUGAAAAACGAAUAUCAACUUCAAAUUGAAGAGUUUCAGAAAACUUUGAAGGUCAAAGAUUUAGUUGUGGAGAACUUGGUUUCUGAGAAGGAGGCAUUGCAUUCUGAAGUGAGGAGUUUAGAGAUGAUCUUACUGCGAAUUCAAGAAUCUGUCACCCUCAUGACCGAAGAGGACAGAAGGGUGUUCACAUCAAUACUGACAUACGAACAAGGUGCCGAUGAAAGAAACAACCAUUCGAGGUACAAUGACACAGUUGACAAAACGGAGGAACUUGCAUGUGAAGCUCCUAUUCUGGGUUCCCAAGAAAAUUCAGUAAACGUUAUUUCAUCAGCGUCUCCUCGGUGUCCUCACCAAAACACAGGCUGCAGUUUGGUACAGAACGCUGAUCAUAGACUGGACUCGGCGCAGUCUCUGCAGCAUAACACCGUCAGUGGCCAUGGGCAGAGUACUAAUAACAAUGACCACUUUGACCCCAAGGACAAGUGCAAAGAGUUAACGAACCAGCCUGAUUCAGAGUGCUCAACUAAUCGUGUAUAAAAAGGGAAGUGUCUAAUCACGAUUUAUGAUCGUUAUCACUUAUUAAAGUUAUGCUCUUGUACACGAUUAGUUAGGACUUGGUUCAUGUAAACGACAAGAACAUGGGUUUUCUACUCUCACACGCAAUGAACUAGACGUAGAGAAAAGGUAUUUUUCUUUACAUUUUCAUAAAGAUUGGAAACUAAAUAUAGGUCUUUCAUUUUCUUUUUAAAUAAACUCUUCCUUUUCCAUAAGAUCCAUUUUUUUUGUAGAUGAGAUAUCUAAAUUUAACUAACCGGAGAUUGUAAUCUAAUGGUUUGAACCAGCAUUGUCCCCAUGCGCCAUUAUUUGAAUAAACCUUAUGUGUUAGAGCAUCUCCAUCCAUAAGGAUGAAGAUGCCCUUAUGAAAUAAAGAGAGAUAUUUUGUGACGAUUCUAAUAAAUGAGCAGCACUUGGCUGUUAGUGACAUAGGUUUAGUAGUCUAAUGCUAAUUUGUUAGAUGCCAUUCGAAAAUUACUACAUGUCAUUUUGUUAAACGUUUCCAUUAAAGCGGUGUAUUUAAGAUUAUAGGGAACAUCAAAGAUGACACAGGUGGUCCACCAUUCGAUUUCA